GAGAGAGAGAGAGAGAGAGAGAUGGCAUGUUUUGAAAGGGCUUCACCUGCAGUGAAGGAAAUUCUUCUCAAAAUACACAGAGCCGAUAGGCCCAUGGAGAUAGAUCAGCACGUGCACGAAUUUGGAUCCAUACACUACCAUCUUCGGUGUUCAGCAUCAGAUCCAACAUACACUUAUUUGUCAGUGUCAACACCUCUUCUAUCUCAAAGCCUCCCGCUCUCAUCACUACUUCCACAGUAUAGUCUAGAUAUGGUUAGACAAAUUUGCCCUCAAGUUAUCGAGACUGUUGAGCCUCCAGAAGAAGGUUACCAGCUAACGUUGAAGCUCAACUUCUCAAAAAUCCCACAUGGUAAAGUGUCCACAAAGAUAAUCACAGACAUAUCCUCGGUUCAAGCAGUAAUCCUCAGCUCCCAACUCAAAGACAUUUUAAAGAAAGUUGAUUCACAUGAAAAUUCUCAAGAAACGUACAAACCAAUCAAACUCAUCUAUCAUCCUAGGGAACCAUUCUUCAUCAUCAAACAGCCCAUGAAAACUACUGCAAUAUUCCCGAUGCGUUUCAAGGAAAAUGAAGAUGUAAUUAUUGCUACAGCCUUCUUUCAGGAACUUCAUGAUAUAGGAAGUUCGGAGGCAUAUCCCAAAGCUCCACAUUGCACGUGGUCUCCUAUUCCACCUCUGGAGUUAAGGGGAGAGCCUAUUGAAGACCUGAGCACCAAUUGUGGAUUUGUAUCUUUUGGCAAGAAGCUAGACAAGACUGUGUGGAACCUACUCAAUUUCUAUGCAUUGGUUAAAUAUCAUGUAAAGAGCACGAGAGGCUUUAUCCAAAGAAGGAUGAGAACACGUCUCGAACGGUUGGUUCAGCAUUUGGAAGAUGUGGAAAUUGAAGAGGAUCAACCGAAGAAAAAGAAGGCCCGAGGAUGGAAACGAUUGAGAAAAUGGAUACGUGCCUCAAAAACAAAAAUACUCAAAAGAAAGUAUGACCUCACAAAUAAAAUCAAGAGAAUCCGUUCAAGAAUCAAGAUACAUUUUUUCAGCCGUUUCCGAAGAGGAUGGCUGAGAAUGCCUAAAUUUUCUCCGGUGACGAGUCGGAACAAGCGAUCCUCUAAAGGAUCUUAUCUCAAACAAGAUAAUCAAUACUUUUGCGACAACAGUUACGCCAUCGGAGCAAAAAUGGGCGGGCACGCUGACUGGCCUAUUCCCACACCGACGGGCUUGGGCCUUCAUUGGCUCAACGUGGGGAGCAGCCCAUUCUUAAGUUCGCACAGCGCAUCCCAAUCGCUACGCAGAGGAAAGUGUACGGUGAAAUGUCGUCAAAUUCGGAGGUACGAAAAAAUACGUGUACGGUCGCCGGUUCCGGACGGUCUAAAAGCCGUCCGGACGCCGGUUCCGGACGGUCCUUAA